AUAUUUUAAUUACUUUUCCCUUUAGAAAUAGAAACAUUUAUAUGCCAUAUCUAUUUAGUAGUUAAUGAAUAGUUAAACUAUUUGUCUCGAUCACAAUAAAUAAAACAAAGAAAAAAUUACAUUAAUAUAACUACCUUAAACCCCACUAACAAAAGUAUGACUAUUUGCCCUACUUUUACUCCUUGGUUGCCGUACGAGUUCCUUAUGAAUAGUCACUUUUUUGUAAUCCCAAAUAUUAUUGGUAAUAUUUAUGUAAAAAAACUCAUAAAUAUAUCACUUGGAAAUAAUAGAAAAUAGUGGAUUAAGGAGCGCAAGGGUUUCUGGGCACGGUCGCCGCCUGCUGUUCCUGGAUCAGCCAUGGCCAUCGCUUCUCCACAAAUGAUGGCGUCAAUUUAAGUUACAGAAAAAUUGUGGUGGAGUUUUUUUUCGGGCGACUUGUUCGUGUCUGGCGAUUUCCUCUGUUUUCUGCUGCUUGGUGGCUUUGUGAGAUUGCCUUCGGCUUCAGUAUCUUUGCUACUCUUGCGAUUUUGAAUUCAGUUUGCCUUGUGUAUUUACCAGGUGGGUGAUUUUCCGUUUUUGCUACUGUGUGAAUCGAGUGACUUUGAUUUCGAUCUCAGCGGAUAAUAUAUAGGUUUGGCUCCAUGAAUAUUUUGAGUUGGGACUGUAGAGGUUUGGGUAAUCCGGCCACUGUUCAAGGGUUGUCAGAUAUUAUUCAUCAACAUCGGCCGACGAUUGUGUUCUUGAUGGAGACUAAAUUGAGGUGUCAGCGGCCUAAAGAGAUUAUUCAAGCGAAAGGGUUCGCAAAUACAGCGGGAACUGAUAGUUAUGGUAGGAGUGGGGGGCUGGUUCUCGGUUGGAAUGAUGAUGUGCAGUUGUUGGUCAUCGAAGAGAACCCAAACUUCAUUGAUUGCAAGGUGAGUUCAUCGACGGGCAAUAUGGACUCGCAGUUAACUUGUUAUUAUGCUUACUCGGAGACGGUUCAUAGGCGAGUGGCCUUGAACAUGAUGAAGGGUUUGGCGGAUAAUAAUUCUCUGUCAUGGUUGGUUAUUGGGGAUUUUAAUGAUAUCUUAUAUGAAUCAGAAAAGAAAGGAAGAGUUCCUCAUCCUGUAUGGAGAAUGCGUGGUUUCCAGGAAGCUUUAUUGUCGUGCGGUCUACGAGAUUUUCCAUUUGAUGGAUACUAAUGGACAUGGGAGCGAGGAAAGGGGACACAGUAUUGCGUGGAGGAGAAACUUGAUCGGGUUCUUGUAAAUGAUGAGUGGUGGGAUAAAUUUUCGGAUGCUAGAGCAACGAUGGUUGAAGCCCCAGUUAGUGAUCAUAUGGCUCUGUGGAUGUGUAUUGUUCCAACUACUCGAAAGAGGAAGGCUAGGAAAUUUAUAUUUGAGAAUAAUUGACUGUGGGAGGAAAGAUGUAGAGCAGUAGUAAUUAAUAGUUUGGGAGUAGGCGAACAUAUGCCUGUGAAUGAGAGAAUUCUUUUUUGGGGAAAAGAAUUAUUGUGGUGGGAUCAAUGCCGUACAAAAGGUUAUCAUCAUCAAAUAGAGGCAUUUUAAAAAAGGCUGGAAGACCUAUGUGGUCGAGAUGAUGAGGGGAGUGUGGCCGAAUUUGUUAGAGUGAGGAUGGUGCUUCAAACAUUGAUGGAAAAGGAGAACCAAUAUUGAAGACAUCGAACAAAAGAUUUUUGGCUCAAAGAAGGUGAUAUUAAUUCUUGUUUCUUCCAUAAUGCAGUUAACAGAGGCGGCGUAAAAAUAAAAGGGGGGACUUGAAGAUGGAAGAUGGGGAGUGGGUCUCGAAUAGAGAGGAGGUUAAAGAGGCCAUUUUUGACGUGCAUCCAGAGAAAGCGCCUGAGUCAGACGGGAUGAAUCUAGCUUUUUUCCAAAAACUUUGGUACAUAGUAGGUCCAGAUAUCACGCGGCUUUGUACAGGUAUUUUUGAUACAGGGGUCAUGCCUAUGGAAUUAAAUAUAACUAAUAUUGUUCUAAUUCCUAAUAUUGGAGGCCGAUUGCUUUGUGUAAUGUGGUUUUAGUAAUGAGCCGAGUGCUAAAAGCAAAAUAUUUCCCAAAUUGGAGUUGUUUAGAUGCUAGAUUGGGGAGUAAUCCUUCAUUUAUUUGGAGAAGCAUUUUUGAAGCACAGGCUGUGAUUAAAAAUAAUAUUAGAAGGCGGGUGGGUAAUGGUAUUAAGGUACAAUUAUGGGCGGAUGCGUGGUUACCGGGACGCGGGUCAGGGAAGAUCACUUCACAUCGGCCUCUCGGAAUUAGAGACAUGAAUGUGGCAGCUUUCAGGGAUAUUACGGGGAGGCAUUGGAAUGUUGAUCGGAUAAACAAUUUAUUUAAUGAAGAGGAUAGACUCUUAAUCCUUAGUAUCCCUGUUAGUGCCCAAGACCGUAAGGAUGGUUAUUGGUGGAAAAGGGAAAAUAAUGGAGAUUAUUCGGUGAAGAGUUGUUAUAGAUCGCUUAUGGGCGAGUUCCAGGUUGAGGGCUGGAAGGGGUGGAAGCAAUUAUGGGACCUUAAGGUCCCACCAAAAUUUAAAUUUUUUGUUUGGCAAGUUUUAGAUGGCUCACUCCCGGCAGUUGACAGCCUCAGGAAAAAGGGGUGGUGAUACCGCAUGGAUGCAAGCUGUGUGGCGGCGAUUCGGAGUUCGUGGAGCAUGCUCUAUGAUCAUGUGACAGUGUCCAGCAAGUCUGGAGUGCAAUGGGUGGAUUUGCAGAGUUGCAACAAACCGAGGAGGCAACUUGGCGUACCAGUCGGUUCAACAAGCUGGACGUGGAAGAUAGGAGCAGGUUUGUGGCUAUUCUGUGGAGUAUUUGGAAGAGAAAGAACAACACGGUUUGGAAUGAUUAAGUGCAGGAGACAUCAUGCGUUCUUAAUACAGCGGCUAGCAUGCUGGCUAACUGGAAAGAAGCACAAGAUCUGGGGCCGUUUAAAUCAGCUCAGGGCGGGGCAAGAAAGGAAUAUUGGGUUAAACCGAGACAUGGAAGAAUCAAAAUUAAUGUUGUUGGAGCGGUGGACCAAGAUGGUCAGAAAAGAGCAUGGAGAUGGAUUGCUAGAGAUGACAGUGGAGCUUUUCUUCGAACUGUAGGUGCCUCUAGUACGGCAGGAUGGACUGUAGCUGAGACAGAGGCUAUAGGUAUAUGGGAUGCUAUCCGUGCAACAAAAGAGGAGGGCUGGCAAAAGGUGAAGGUUGAAACGGACGCACUUUCAGUGGUACAGGGUAUUAUAUAAAAGGAGAGGGUUCGUCGAACCUUCACCUUAUCAUUGAUGAUAUAAGGAAGAUUUUAGAAGCAAAGAGUAAUUUUAUUGUCUCUUUUUGUAGAAAGUUUGCGAAUCGUGCUGUUCAUGUUCUUGCAAGGGCGCAUGUUUCUAUCUCAGAUCAGAGGAUUAUUUAUUAUGAGAUUCCUCAACGUGUUGUAAGCCAACUAACGAAUAAUUUAUUAAAUUAAUACUUCCGUAUAAGAUGAAGUACUUCGUAUAA